AUGGCCACCUCCACCAUGUCUCUCUGCUCCAGCAACCUGAGCUAUGGGAGUCGGGUCUGCCAGCCUGGUUCAUUUGAGUCCUGUACUAGCUCAUCCUGGGAGAUGGAUGACUGCCCAGAGAGCUUCUGUGAGCCCCCCUGCUGUGCCCCUAGCUGCUGUGCCCCCAGCUGCUGUGCUCCAGUCCCCUGCCUGUCCCUUGUCUGCACCCCAGUGAGCUGUGUGUGCAGCCCCUGCUGCCAGGCAGCCUGUGAGUCCAACCCCUGCCAGUCAGUGUGCACCAGCUCCUGCACGCCCUCAUGCUGCCAGCAGGCCAGCUGUGUGUCUGUCUGCUGCAAGCCUGUGUGCUGUGUCCCCAUCUGCUCUGGGGCUUCUUCAUGCUGCCAGCAGUCUAGCUGCCAGCCAGCUUGCUGCACCUUGUCGCCCUGCCAGGAGGCCUGCUGUGUGCCUGUCUGCUGCAAACCCGUGUGCUCUGUUCCUGUCUGCUCUGGGGCUCCCUCUUCAUGCUGCCAGCAGUCUAGCUGCCAGCCAGCUUGCUGUUCCUCCCCCUGUCCACAGGCCUGCUGUGUGCCUGUCUGCUGCAAGCCUACCUGCUGCAGACCCUCAUCCUGUGUGUCUCUGCUGUGCCGCCCUGUGUGCAGACCCUCCUGCUGUGCCCCCGCCUCCUCCUGCUGUGCCCCCACCUCCUGCUGCCAGCCUAGCUGCUGUCGUCCAGCCUCCUGUGUGUCCUUGCGCUGCCGCCCUGCCUGUGCCCGCCCUGCCUGCUGUGGUCUCUCCUCAGGCCAGAAGUCCUGCUGCUGA